GGGGGCGGUGCAGGGGCGGUGCAGGGCUGUUGUGGCCUCAAUACCAGGUGUGGGGCCGACCGGGAUGUGCAUCCUGGGCCGUCUCUCGGGCUCGGUGCUCGCUCGCGCGGUCGCCGUCCGUUGUGCGGCAGCAGCCGGAGGCGGAGGGUGCGUGGAAGGAGGCCUAGAGGGGACGCUCCGCCGAGCCCGCGGUUUCAGAAGCGCCGCUGUCGCUAUGGCCCCGAUCAAGGUGGGAGAUGCCAUCCCGUCGGUGGAGGUAUUUGAGGGGCAGCCCGGGAACAAGGUGAACCUGGCGGAGCUGUUCAAGGGCAAGAAGGGGGUGCUGUUUGGAGUCCCUGGAGCCUUUACCCCUGGUUGUUCCAAGACUCACCUGCCGGGCUUUGUGGAGCAGGCUGGGGCCCUGAAGGCCAAGGGCGCCCAGGUGGUGGCCUGUCUGAGUGUUAACGAUGUCUUCGUGACUGAAGAGUGGGGACGAGCCCACAACACGGAAGGCAAGAUUCGGCUUCUGGCGGACCCCACGGGGGCCUUUGGGAAGGAGACAGAUUUGUUACUGGACGAUUCGUUGGUGUCCCUCUUUGGGAAUCGACGGCUCAAGAGGUUCUCCAUGGUGAUAGAGGAUGGUGUAGUGAAGUCCCUCAAUGUGGAGCCAGAUGGCACAGGCCUCACCUGCAGCCUGGCCCCCAACAUCCUCUCGCAGCUCUGAGGCGCUGGGCCCAGACCUACUCCCUCUGACGCCUGCCCAGCCAGGGGCAGAGGCCCAGUCCAGCGUCAGCUGGGCCACCAAGUUGAAGGCUUGGCCAGAUUUCUGCAAUAAACACUUCUGGUUCA